AUGCCAAGGGCAACACCAACUAAAUCAAGACUUUCCGAGACAAAAAUUGGAGGUUCAAUUCCCCCAGAAGAAAAGUUCACUGGAACAGAGGAUGCAGCUAAGUUACACGUUUUCAUCACAAAUAUGGGAAUGAGGAUGGACACGAGACAACUUGACACUGAUGCAGAAAAAAUAGCAUUCUUGUGCGACAGAUUAUACGGUACUGCUGGGGUAUGGGCAGCACAAUGCUACCGCAAUUCACCAGGUUGCACAUAUGAAUCUUUCAAGACAAAAUUUGUUGAACAUUAUGCACAUAAAAUUGACCAUCAUAAGAUUAUCAAUCAACUACUAAACAUGAAAGAAGAUACAUUAGGAUUGGAGGACUAUAAUCUUAAAUUCACAGAAUAUGCAGCUCUGUUUCCUCCAUCUAUGACAAUUGACAAAUUUUUAGUUAGUAUCUAUCUUCGAGGU